GGUCUGUCUGUCGCCUGUGCUGGCACUUUUUCCAUCGGCUGGACGUUGCGGGACUUUUUGUUUUGCCCCGCGUCGAGCUCCCGACAGCGUUCAAAGGCAAAAGUGACCAGGAGCAGAGAGAGAGAGACAGAGAGCGAGACAGAGGGAGGGAGGAAAGGAGGGCGGCGUUGUCUCUCGCUUCAACAAAAGUCACCAUGGAGGUUCCAGGCAUGCAGAGUUCUCAGAUCGAUCCGGAGGCGUUGUUCACCAAGCUGGAGCGCAUUGGCAAAGGAUCCUUUGGAGAGGUGUUCAAAGGCAUCGACAACCGCUCGCUCAGCGUGGUGGCCAUCAAGAUCAUCGACCUGGAGGAGGCCGAGGACGAAAUCGAGGACAUCCAGCAGGAGAUCACCGUGCUGAGCCAGUGCGACAGCCCUUACAUCACCAAGUACUACGGCUCCUACCUCAAAGGCAGCAAACUGUGGAUCAUCAUGGAGUACCUGGGCGGAGGCUCUGCGCUCGACUUGCUCCACGCGGGUCCCUUCGAUGAGUCGCAGAUCGCCACCAUGCUGAAGGAGAUCCUGAAGGGGCUGGACUACCUUCACUCGGAGAAUAAAAUCCACAGAGACAUCAAAGCCGCCAACGUCCUUUUGUCGGAGCACGGCCAGGUGAAGCUGGCCGACUUUGGGGUGGCCGGUCAGCUGACGGACACGCAAAUCAAGCGGGACACCUUUGUGGGGACGCCCUUCUGGAUGGCACCGGAGGUCAUCCAGCAGUCUGCAUACGACUUCAAGGCGGACAUUUGGUCGCUGGGCAUCACCGCUAUCGAGCUGGCCAAGGGGGAGCCGCCCAAUUCGGAAAUGCACCCAAUGAGGGUGCUCUUCCUCAUCCCCAAGUCGCCGCCGCCGACGCUGACGGGCGACUUCUCCAAGAGCUUCAAAGAGUUCACCGAGGCCUGCCUCAACAAGGACCCCGGCUUCCGUCCCACCGCCAAGGAGCUGCUCAAGCACAAGUUCAUCAUCAAACACUGCAAGAAGACGUCCUACCUCAGCGAGUUGAUUGACAGGUACCGAAGGUGGCGGGAGCAGGGCCACAGCGACAGCAGCCCCGACGACUCGGACGACGGCGAGUCCGGCGACAGGAAGGACGGAGAGCCCCCCAAGUGGAGCUUCACCACAGUGCGCAAGCGCAAGACGGACCAACGGCCCUCCGGUCUCGCCGCCGUCAUCUCGCCCGUCUUCUCAGAGUUGAAGCAGCGGCACAAGGAAAAGCCGUCGGCCAUCGAGGAGCUGGAACGGAACGUCCGAUCGGCCGAGGACGCCUGCCCGGGCAUCGCGGACCAGAUGGUGACGCACAUCAUUGCCAGGUUCAACGGCAACUGAGGACAGGCGGAAAGAGGACGCGGUGAUGCGUGUCAAAGCGCCGCCGCCGCCCAAGCUUGCAAUUUGGAGAUCUGCUGUGCAACGUCUCUGCACCUUCACCACCACUGCUGGUGGUCUUUUGCGCUGGUUGUCAUCCGGCAGCGCCGCUUUACCUUUUGUAGAUAUUUGCUGGGCAGCACUUGACAAAGAUGAAUGACAUGCCAAAAUGAUUCUUCUGGUUCUGAUGUUUUGUUGUGCUCAGUAAGAAGCCAUCGGCGCCUCCCUCCCUUUCCCUCCCUCCCUCCCUCGCUCGCUGCAAAUGGGGUCGGUGGGAGCGGCGCGCUUCUCCAGUUUUCCUUACCAAAGACAAUCUGCAACUUGGCUAUCUUAUUGCAAUAUAUCAUAAGGGAUGUUAACUCAGAGGGAACCAGCAACCAAAAAAAUGUUCGUCUUUAGCGGGACGUAGAGUUUUAUGAAUAAAUAUUUAAGAUGCAUUCCAAA